UGGGCAAUUUAAUUACUAUCAAAAUGAUGUGGUGUCUUCUUUGACUCUCACUCAUGGUAGCUGCCACGACUGCAAAGAAGCUAAAUGUCUACAGAAAACCUGAAGACAGGAGUCCUACUUUUAUCAUUCGAGAUAUGAUGAAAAUAGAAUCAGAUGCUAUUGCUCAAAAACGUGAUGAGUCCACUCCAAUUAAAAUCACGCUGCAGAAUAAUCAAGACGCAGCAUAUACAGGCAAGCUUAGCUUGGGAGGAAAUAAAGAAGAGCAUACUUUCUUUUUUGACACAGGAUCUCCAUGGCUCUGGGUUGCACUUGAUGACUGUACUAGUUGCAAUUGGCCAGGUGUGAACCCAUACACCCCAGAUUCUGGUACUAAUAAGCCUAGCAGCAAGAUCGGCAAUGCUACUUAUGUUGAUGGGCAAUUUGCUACAGGAAAUAUCGCAACAGAUGAGGUCAGAAUCACUGCUGAUAGUGAACCAAUAACAAUGAAUAUCAUUGGAGUUAGCGAAGCUCACGAUAUUGGAAAUAUUCCUGCUGAUGGAAUCUUGGGAUUAGCUCCUUCCCCUGCUAAAAAUACAGAUCUAUUCGUUACUCAGCUUCACAAGCAAGGGCUGAUUCCUGAUGAUAUGUUUGGGCUAGAAAUCAAGCCAAACGGGCAAGAUUCAUUCAUUACUCUAGGAGGAUAUGACACAGAGAGAGUUCCAGACCCAAAAGAAAUUAAAUGGAUUAACCUCUAUAACAAAGAUAGUUGGUGGACAGAAUUCAGACAUGUUUACUAUGGAGAUACAAUAUUGUCAAGCAAGGGAGGGCUUGUAGUCUUUGAUUCAGGCACUAGUAUCACCACAAUGAGUGAGAAUAUCCUAUAUGCCAUUAUCAAUGGUUUUUAUACUAAAACAGAAGGACAAUCUUGCACUAUAAAGCAGUUCCAAGGGCUUGACCUUUGGCAUUGCCCUUGCAUUGGAAAUUUCGAUGAUAUAGGUAUCUCAAUGAAUGGCUACAUGGCCUUCUUAAACUCUGAUUUGAUCAUUAAGGAUGCUGGACAAGGAGAAUGAGCUAUAGAGAUCCUACCUGCUAAAUUUGAAGGCGAUAAUGACAUUAUCCUCCUCGGAGAUAACUUCUUCUUCGAUUAUUAUGUUGUACAUGAUAUCAACGGAGGUAAGAUUUAUGACGAAGACUCAGACACAGGCAUGAGAAUCGGCCUUGUAGGUAACAUCGUGGAGAACGAUGAUGGCGCUUUUGGAUCAGUCAUCUCUUCAGCACUUGCUAUGCUUGUAAUGGCUACACUAUUUUUGAAUUAAGAAUGAUGGAUUUGGAUACAUUUCUAAUUUUAGAGGGCAGAUUAAGGUAUACU